AAUUUUUUCUAUUGUUUACUUAUAAUGGUAGACAAAUGAUGUUAUUACGAAUUUUACGUAGAAGUGUAAUAAAAAAUUGUUAAUUAAAUCGAUUUUUUUUUAGCUUAGAUACUAAUAAUAAAAUGAUUACGAAACAUUAAUAAUAAAUUAUUUUUGCUCAUAUUAAGAUCUUCGAUUCCUAAAGGUUAUGUUUUCAAGCAGUUUGAGAAAAACGCCUGCAAUUUCUAAGCAUCAUCGUUUUUACGAUGAGAACAGGUGGCAUGCUGGAUGCCCGUGAAUUUGGAAAACGUAUACGUCGUUUGAUAGACGUUAAUUACUCUUAUCGUAAACUUUUACUUUUUAUUCUUAUCUGCGGCGGCGUACUUCUAUAUUUUGGACCACAAUUUGCACAAUGGCUUUUUUCUACAGCCAGAGAACCAAUAGAAGCAUUCGAACAUCAUUGUAUGACGGAGAGAUUGGCUACUUUUUACUUUGAUGCAGCAGAAUAUAAUGUAAAUAUACUUCAUGAUCCACCUUUGGAAAAAGAACAUCAAUACUUGCCAUAUAUAGGCAAUGGAGUAUUUGGCAUACCUGUCUCACCAGAGGGUUGGAUGUAUAUUAAACAUGGCAGAGCUUUAUUAUUACCUAUACAAUGGCAACCAUUAGUCUCUCAUCCUUUAUACGAAAAUAGUUUUUAUAGCGAAGCUACUGUCACUCAUUUCACAACUGGAAUUGUUCAUAAGUAUCAAUGUCUCAGAGAAGGUUACUACUUGAGUUUUCAAUAUUAUGCUCAUCGAGUUUUAGAUGCAAUAUUAGUGCAGGAUGUGAAAAUUGUUAAUCCUACAUCACUCUCUCAAGAGAUACCAUUGAAACCAUUAACUGCUGCACAUUGGGCUAAUUCACGAUUAGAAACUAUUAAGAUACAAGUGGAUGGUUUCAGUCAUGAGUAUAACUUAAUAUCCGGUUUCAUUUCUCUAUCCGAUUCAAAUAAAGUUAUUGUGAUAUCUAUAGUUUAUAAAGAUCCACCGAAAAUAAUACAAAUUAAAGCAAGAAGUACCAUAAAACUUGAAUUUCUUACAAGCAUACAAUACAGUGAACCAGUUUCAUCAGAACGAUAUCAUAUUGAAAGAGAUGUAACUAAAAGGAAAGCAAUAGAUAUAUUAAAAAAAGCAAUAGUACAACAACAGAAAGGUUUAAAAGAAGAACAUGUAAAAAUGUGGCAAAGUUACUGGUCUACUGGUUUUAGAAUAAGUGAUUCUAAAGCUGCAGGAGCUAUUAAUGGUCAUAAAAUAAAUUCUACAAUGUAUUUGGUGCUUUCUCAAAUUCCACGAGGCCUCGUAGACGUAGAAAAAAAAAUUACAACAAACGAGGGUUGCUAUCAUGGUCAUCACACAUUAGAUGCUCCCAAAUUAUGGAAAGAUACUUCAUCAAUCGACAGUGUAAAUGAGAUUGUUGAUGCAUGGUUAUUAACUUUAGAAAAACGAAGCUGUCAUCAUUUAAUGAUAGGAGGUCCUCCAGCAGUACAGCAAGCUAUUGUUUUAAGCCUUGGAGGUUUAAGAUUUACCAAUCAACAUCUGGAGUUUAAUAUUGAUCCACAAUAUCUCCAUCGAGAUUACUUAUUUAGACGAAUAAGUUAUGGUAACGUAACUCAUGUAAAUAUAUCAGUAACAGUAGGAGAAGAUAAUCGUGCAAUUUUGGGAGUAGCCUUAGACAAAAGUGACAGCGUAUAUUUUGGAUGCGAUGCAGGUUGUUUAGAUGCACCGGUUUCUUUAAGUCAAACUUAUACUAAUUUUCCGGUAAAAUUAACCAAGCCAUUGACUGCUAUACUUUAUAUAACAUCUGACUAUCAACACAUGCAAGAUUUACGAAAUGCUUUACACGUUCAUGCUGUAGACGAUGCUCCAGCUCACGAUCAUCAUGUAAUGGCUUUACAUAAGCAUGGCCAUCAACUUGGAGGUUUACCUACUCUUUUCUGGAUUAGUAUAUGUUUUCUCAUCAUUGUUUUUCAUUUAUUCCUUUGUAAAUUAAUACUGAAUGAAUAUUAUGGUCAUCAAGAUCGACAAAAAAAACAAAGAUGUGUUUGAUACUUCGAAAUAAGAUUAUAUAUGCUAUUUUCAUUUUUUGUUAAUUUUAAAUAAAAUAAUCAUUCCAAAAAUUGAAGAGAAAAACCAAAAAUCGGAUCAUAAAGGAUAUUUAUAGAAUCAUUGCUAUAAAAGUAGAAAAUAACAUGAGAUCAUGCCUUAUUAGAAUUUGUAAAAAAUUGAUAAUACUUUUAAAAUGUCAUAAAUUAUCCAUUUUUAUUUAAUAGACAUAUAUUUAAUUUGCAAACGUAAUGAAAAAUCUUUUUUCUAAAUCUAUGAUAUUUGGAAAUGUGUAUAUAUUUAUAUAUAUACUUUUCAAUGAUGCACCUUUGGUAUAGUAAUUUAUAUUUCUUAUUAAUACAUUGGCGAUACUUUUCUAUUAUUAUUAUUAUUGUUGUUAUUGUUGUUAUUAUUAUUAUUAUUAUUAUUAUUAUUAUUAUUAUUAUUAUUAUUAUUAUUAUUAUUAUUAUUAUUAUUAUUAUUAUUAUUAUUAUUAUUAUUAUUAUUAUUAUUAUUAUUAUUAUUAUUAUUAUUAUUAUUAUUAUAUGUAAGUCUUUGGCUCAUACUUUCCUGCCAAAAAACAUAGAAAAUUUUCACAUUUGCGAGUGAUUUAUUUUCCUGUUGUAAUCAGCAAAGUAUUUAAUGAAUGAAAUAUGUAAAAGAUUAGAAAAUCAUUCUUGAUGUCUAUAUAACUGGCUAAUCAAUUAGGCUUAAUCAUUUUUACUUAUGAAGGAACUUGAUACGUCCACCAAUGUAUGUGAAAUUCGAACAUUGUUACCAUUAUUUUUUUCUCUCUUUUUUUUUUUUGUCUAUAAUUAUAUUUACAUAUAAAAGACAUGAUUCUAGUGAUCAUACUAGCAAUAUUAAUUAUUAAUAAGUAUACAUAAUGCUUAAUUAUGUAUCACAUUAAUUAUAACUCUUAAUUAUACUCUCCAGUAUAUCCCUUUA